CACACACACACACACACACACUCACACACACAUCAGCUCCGUUCCUCCGUUCUCGAGUAACCGGGCAGGAGGAGGCGAGCGCGAUCAGACCUCCAGGUGUGUGUAGAUGUAUGUGUGUGUUCCAAUCACACCUGGAUGCAUCAUGUGAUCAGAUACCUGGGCGUGGAGCUAGCGUUCAGUGUGUUAUUCAGUAACGGGGAUCACGGAAACGAAGAUCUGUGUCUCUCCGCGCGUGAGUGACAUGUGAACUUUCCGUGCACCGGGAAUCUAUUCCUCUCAAUCUGAAGGGAAUCCGUGGUCUGGACUCUGUACCGCCAAGGUGGAGAGCGGAGGAUUUGAGUCACGCAUACUCAUCACAGACAACUGACGGGAGCAGCUCCGAUGGAGAACAGUGACUGGAUCUAAAACCUUCAGACGACACACAGCUCAUAUCUCCAUUGCUAGUUUGUGAUGGGAAACAUCUGCAGCUGGAAAAUCUUGAGAUAGCAGACGAAACAAUAGAAAGACAAGACAAGAGAACAGGACCAGAAGACAACACAAGCUGGACUCAAAUUCCCCACGCCACAUCUCCACCUGAGCUCUAUAUUAAUGCGCCAACCCUUUCAACAACACAGCAAACAACCUGCAGUGCCGUGGAGGUUGAACAGACAGACACCUCACUCUUAUGUCAAGCAUCAAUUAAAGCAAUUUUCGCCUUGGAACAAUGGCCACCUGGUUACCAGCGGUCCUACUGGUGCUACAAGUAUCCGCUGCAUCCUCUGAAGAGCCCAUACUUGAGUUUUCCACAGACACGCCCAUCAAUAACGUGGCACAGGACUCUCAGACCGGGCGUGUUUACCUGGGUGCAGUCAAUGCUAUUUAUCAAUUGGACUCUUCAUUGAACCUUGAGGCCAGAGCCGAAACGGGACCUAAGAAAGAUGCGAGGGGUUGCACACCUCCUGUGUCUACUUGCCAGGACCUGAAAGACACCAACAACACCAAUAAACUGUUGCUGGUUAAUUCAGCUAACGGGUCGCUGAUAGUCUGUGGGAGUUUGUACCGAGGAAUCUGCUCUCUGCUCAACCUCACCAACGUCAAAGAGCAGAUAUACUACAGCGACAGCAAAGGGGAGCGGACUUAUGCCGCCAGCACCGAAGAGCACGUUUCCGUAGUGGGCGUCAUGGCCACGCUCGAAAUCGACGAUAAACCAUUCAACGUCUUUUUGGUCGGCAAGGGCUAUGGAAGCAUGGACAGCUCGAAACUCAUCAGCACCAGAAUCGUGCAGAACUAUCGCGACUGGGUCGUGUUCGAGAGCAUCAUCGAGGCGUCUACGGUCCAAGCAGUUCCCUUCGUGCCGAAAUACCUGCACGACUUCCGAUUUGCCUUCAAAAACGACGACUUCGUCUAUUUCCUCUUUUCGCGCACUCUUGGUGGAACGGACAACAAGAACUUUACUUUCGUUUCACGCCUCUGCGAGAACGACAAUCACUAUUAUUCGUACACGGAGCUUCAGCUUAGUUGCGGCCUGAAGAAUCGCUACAAUAAAGUCCAGGCUGCGUAUUUGACAGAGCCGGGGAAAGAGCUGGCUCAGGCCAUGUCCGAAUCCGGAGAGUACGGGAAUGUUCGGGAAUGGGAUAAAGUCCUGUUUGUGGUGGCUAGCUCAGAGGAAGGGGCCACUGAAUCAGCUCUGUGUAUGUACCCCCUUAAAAACAUCAACCAGAAACUGUUGGCCAUAGUUACCGCUUGCUACACGGACAACGGCAAGAUUGACGACAGAUUAGUUGUGGAGAGUCCCUACACAUCCAGUAAAGAUGAGCCAUGUGUCAAACACGUUAAAGACAUUGUGAACCAGUAUAAGUGUGGAGCUGAUUUUCUUCCGUCUCCAUUGGCCAGUCGACAGGAGUUUGCCUUGAAGGCCAAUCCUGUCUUCAUCAGGCAGAACCUGCUGACCGCAGUGGCUGUGGCUGUCGAGAAUGAUCACACCAUUGCCUUUCUGGGGCACAGUGCUGGAGAGGUGAUCAAGGUACAUUUGUCAACCAAGUCAGAGGCGUACAACCCCGGUCCGGGCUACAAAACCAGCGGCUACGUAAAUAAGAACCUUUUCUUUGACAAAACCAAGGCGCACUUGUACAUCACCACAGAGAAAAAGAUCACGAAGGUGUCCGUACAGGCCUGCCAUCUGAAGACGGACUGCCAGACCUGCGUCAGUCAGAGAGAUCCAUACUGUGGCUGGUGUGUCCUGGAGGGAAGAUGCACCAGGCGAUCGGAGUGCAGUCGUGCGGAGGAAAAGAACGGAUGGCUGUGGAGUCCAAGCCAACAGUGUGUGAAAAUCGUCUCUUUCCACCCGCCAAAUCUCAGCUGCUUGAAGUCCCAGCAGGUGGAGAUAAACGUCCGAUUGCUGCCGAUCCUCAGAGACUCCGACCGCAUCCACUGCAUUUUUGGCUCUUAUCGCAGCAGUGCCGUGAUGGUGGACGGCCGAAUCAGUUGCCGCUUACCUGAACAGCAUCGUAUACCCCCGACACCUGCACACCAAGAUUUCGUGGCGGUUCCGGUCCGCAUCUUUGUGAACGAUAGCGUGGAGGUCGCGUCCAGCGAGUACAAGUUCUACAACUGUGCAGCGGCAGUCCGGAAAGCAGAAAAUACACCAUGCACUUCCUGUGUGAGCAGCGCUUGGGGAUGUCAGUGGAACAUUGCGGCACACACCUGCACGGAUCUGAGCGACGCAGAAACCGGCGCCAAUAUAAUCAAACCCAGACAGAACAAGAGCUGCCCGCGGUUCGAGAACCCAGAUCCCGUACUUAUCCCAGUCGGACACAAAACACGGAUCAGUUUUGAGGGCAUCAACCUGGACCCGUAUAAGGGUCGUGAUUUCACCAUCGGCACGGAGCUGAUGAAGAAUGAGGAGGAUGUCAAGACGGAGACGGGACCCUUCUACUCUUUCAGCGGAUAUGAGUUUUCCUUUGAUAAAGCUCAUGAGACCAACGUUCUGUUCCACGUAAGAGAAAAAUACACAAGAAAGAAGAUCGACAGCAGUCUUAGUGUCACUCUGUAUAACUGCUCUCUGGGACGUGAAGACUGCAGCUUGUGUAAGAAUGCCGACCCCAAAUAUCAGUGUGUGUGGUGCACACAGAAAAGCUUGUGUGUGUACGACCAACUUUGUGACUCUAAAGAGCCGGAGGAGUGUCCCGACCCCAAGAUCACUGACAUCACGCCGAGAUACGGGCCGCUGAAAGGAGGGAUAGCUGUCACGAUUAAGGGCUCGAACCUGGGCAUUCAGAAGGACGACAUUAAAAACAUCACGGUGGCAGGAGUGCUGUGCAAACACCUGCGGGAACGUUACUCGGUCUCAACCAGUGUGGUGUGUGAAAUUGGGCCGGCACCACUGUACAGAUCCGGAGAGGUGGAAAUAGAGGUGGGCAGAGGAAAAAAAGGUGUAUCCACAAAAUCAGUCCUGUUCACCUACAGGGACCCCAUAGCAGACAUGGUGUCUCCUAAUCGAGGUCCUAAAGCAGGAGGAACCGUCCUGACUAUUAGUGGGAGGGGCCUGAACACAGCUUCAAAAGAAGACCUUCAGAUCUUCGUGGGCGACGUGCCCUGCAGAGUUGAGAGCUUUGGAGAUCAGAUUACCUGUAAAGUGUCUGAGUAUCUGGGCGAUACGGUUCCGUCACCCCUCCUGGACGUCAGAGUUCAUUACGGCUCACAGACCACAGUCAGCAUCAAGAGGGCCUUUGAGUUCUCCAACAACCCCUCUGUGUCUGACUAUCAACCCAAGAGCAGCUUCAUCUGUGGUGGCAGAAAAAUCCUGGUGGUCGGUUCUGGAUUUGACCUGGUCCAGAAAGCGACUCUCAGGGUGGUGGCGUCUGCUGGAGAAUGGUCCGAACCAGGCGUCCCGGAGGAGUUUGUCGAGAGCUUCAAGGACAAAAACGACACCGUGAUCGUGUUCCUGUCCCCUGCGGUCAACGAGUCUCAGCUCUUCAGGACGUACGUGCAGCUAGAUAACAUCCCGACGGAGCUGACGCCGUUCGAGUAUCACCCCGACCCCACGUUCGAUCGGCUCAGCAAGACUGUGAUCACUGAGAACAGCAUGAUCAUCGUCACCGGCCGGGGGUUUUCCAAAGCGAUGACGGCGAAGGAGGCGCAGGCGUUUGUGGGUGAUGUUCCGUGUAACGUCAACACGCUCCAGGACGAUAAAUUAUUCCUGGACCCGCCGUCGACCACACCCAGAGCUCGCUCCAAGAGACAGAGGAGAGACACCGGCUCCGACCCGCUGGACCUGCUGAUUAAGUUUGGCAACGGCGAGUGGUUGGUUGGCUCUGUUCGGUACGAGAGGAAGUACAGUCUCCCGUUGCCCAUCAUCAUCCCGGCAGUGGUCGUUCCCAUGCUGCUGAUUAUCGCCAUCUCCGUCGUCUGCUACAGGAGGAAGAGCCAGCAGGCAGAGCGAGAGUACGAGAAAGUGAAGCAUCAGCUAGAGAAUCUGGAAGAGAGUGUCCGUGACCGCUGCAAAAAGGAGUUCACAGAUCUGAUGAUCGAAAUGGAGGACCACACUAACGACAUAAGCGAGGGCCGGAUCCCGUUCCUGGACUACAAGACCUACACGGACCGCGUCUUCUUCCUGCCCUCUAAGGAUGGCGCCAAUGAUGUCAUGAUCACUGGCAAACUGGAUAUCCCAGAAUCCCGCAGGGCUACGGUCACCCAGGCACUGAACCAGUUCUCCAACCUGCUCAACAGCAAAACCUUCCUCAUCAAUUUUAUCAGAACGCUGGAGGGCCGUCCGGAUUUUAACGCCAGGGCCAAAGUGUAUUUCGCGUCUCUGCUGACUGUAGCGCUUCACGGUAAACUGGAGUAUUACACAGACAUCAUGAGGACGCUUCUGCUGGGGCUCAUGGAGGAUUACGUUCACAGCAAGAAUCCUAAACUGCUGCUCCGCAGGUCUGAGACGGUGGUGGAAAGGAUGCUGAGUAACUGGAUGUCCAUCUGUCUCUAUCAGUACCUAAAGGACUCCGCUGGAGAACCGCUCUACAAACUCUUCAGGGCCAUAAAGCACCAGAUUGAAAAGGGGCCGGUGGACGCACAGGUUAAGAAAGCCAAAUACACACUGAACGACACCGGCCUUCUCGGAGAUGAUGUGGAGUACAUUGUGCUGACGCUGCAGGUGCUGGUGCACGGGGAGGGGCCUGACAUCACCCCGGUAAAGGUGCUGAAUUGUGACACAAUCUCUCAGGUGAAGGAGAAGAUCAUCGAGCAGGUGUACAAAAACCUGCCGUACUCUCAGAGACCCAAAGUAGACAGCGUCACCCUCGAAUGGCGGCCCGGCUCCACAGGACAGACCCUGUCAGAUCUAGACGUGACGUCACAGAAGGAGGGCAGGUGGAGACGCAUCAAUACGUUGGCGCAUUAUAACGUACGUGAUAACGCAACAGUGGUCCUCUCCAGGGUUCAGCACACACAACAGUCGUACGACCAAAAUCACGAUAACCAUGAAGAAAGAAAUGCCCUGCUGGAGGAUGAUAAAGUUUUUCACCUGGUGCGACCGGCUGACGAGCUGGAUGAGAUGAAGUCUAAGAGAGGCAGCAUAAAGGACAAAUCCAUGACCAAAGCCAUCACAGAGAUAUAUCUCACCCGACUGCUCUCCGUCAAGGGAACGCUGCAGCAGUUCGUGGAUGAUUUCUUUCGCAGUGUGCUCUGUUCUGGCGCCACCGUCCCGCCGGCGGUUAAAUACUUUUUUGACUUCCUGGAUGAGCAAGCCCUAAGACACGAGAACGUAGACGAGGAAACCAUACACAUCUGGAAGACCAACAGUUUGCCACUGCGUUUCUGGGUGAACAUUCUGAAGAACCCUCACUUCAUUUUCGACGUGCAUGUGAGCGAGGUCGUGGACGCCUCUUUGUCCGUCAUAGCUCAGACCUUCAUGGAUGCCUGCACGAAAACAGAGCACAAACUCAGUCGGGAUUCUCCCAGCAACAAAUUACUCUAUGCAAAGGAGAUCUCCACCUACAAAAGGAUGGUAGACGAGUACUAUAAAGGAAUCCGGCAGAUGGUGUCAGUCAGUGACCAGGAAAUGAACACACAUCUGGCUGAAGUGUCACGGGCACACACAGAUAAACUGAACACACAAGUGGCUCUUCACCAGCUCUACCGGUACGCCAGUAAAUACUACGAUGGGAUCAUCAUGUCUUUGGAUGAAGACCCUGCCGCCCAGAGUAAACAGUUAACACUGAGACUGCAACAGAUCGCCGCAGCACUGGAGAACAAAGUGACCGACCUCUAACCCUGUCAGAGAGAGAACGCUGUACGAACACUCAGUGUGUAUUUAGCUCAUCACUAUAAUCAGAUGUUCAAUUUCUUCCUGUGUAGAGACAAAAGGUUUUAAGAAUUGUAUUCUAUAUUUUUUUUAAUGUGCAGUCUUUAUGCAGAAAGCUUUAUAAGAGGAAAAUAACUUUUUAAAUAGACGGCCUUGUGUCAGUUGUUUUUAAAGCUUCUGUGUGUGUGUGUGUGUGCGUGAGUGUGUGUGUGUGUGUGUGUGUAAAAGGAUGCCUAUAUUUUGACCAAAAGGGAGCUGCCCAUGACCCUGCAGUGUGUGUAUGCAGGGGGUGUGCCUACAGUGAGGUCAUAUCUGGUUAUCGUCCAAUCAAAAGCAGCUGAAGGUGACAGAAAGGAUCGCAUGGGAUGUGUUUGGAAAAAUCACACUAGCAUACUACUCGUACUAUCUCUGUAUUUGUAUAGUGUGCAAAUUAUCUGUAUCCGUAACAUUUGCCAAAACGUUCUGCAAUUUUUUGCUGGCAAAUUUCAAUAGGAAUCCAUGUGAUUGUGAAUUGAGUUUGAGUACUCCUUUUAAAUCAUUAUUUGACUGCCAAAAGAAAUGUUACUAGACAAAAUUGGUUGUACAAUUUCAUAAUUCUAUCAGAUAAAUACAGUGUAUACUGCAGUUUGCUAGUGUGUGAUUCCAAACAUAUCCAUUUGGACGAUCAAACGGCCGUCCAUUUCAUAACCACCUGUUUCAAUUGAGCCAUAUGGACUCACUAGUAGAUCCACGAUAAUCAACACAGGCAAUAAUAAAUAUAAAAAAAGGCAUUUCAUUUUUGUGUAUGAUGGUAGCUACGAAAAGUCUUUGUUUAAUUUCAGAAAGUCAUUUUAUUGUGAAAGCUUCGCUACUGACUGAAUUUAUUCCGUACGGCACAAAUAGUCGAUGCACAGGACAGAUUUUUGGCAGCGCCUGAUACGAACGUGUCUGAGGCCUAAAACAGAACUCGAUUUCAGCUUGCACAGAGUGUGCCUGGCCUUCGAGAUGUUUUCGCGCCCAAAACUGAGAGGAUUGACUGAAAGCUUCUCAUUUGACUCUUUGUGGCUCCGUUGGAAGGGUUUAGAUGUGUGAUCUGGAACGUUAAUGGCUUUAUUUUGGCAGAGAGGAUAAUGACACACUAAUUUGUUUGUUAUCCGCCACUAAACAAGAUGGUACUAUAGAACUCAGCCAAAAUUCUGCUCCGAGAGAUGCUUUUAUCUUUGUACAAAACCUUUUUUUUUUUUUUUUUUUUUUUUUUUUUUACACAUUUGUGGCAUUUGCAUUUGAUUUAGUGUCUUAAAGACAACAAGAAAAAUUCAAAGCUUUUUAUUUUUGUGUUACAGCCUGAUUUUUCUUUUCUUUUUCUAAUUGCUAAUGCUAGUCGGAGCAGGUGUGUAUAAGUUAGGUGGAAAGGGACACUCUCAUUCUAGAGAGCUUUGUGGACAAAAAGACAAGAGUCAUCAAUAUUUUUGGUCUGUUUGCUACGAUUAGGGCCAAGCAAUAAUAAAAAAAUAAAACCAUCUCGAGAUUAAACUCGUUAAAUUAUGAGAAAAAAACUCGUUAAAUUUCGAGAA